AUGAGUGCCCAAGAAGACCAACACCCAGUAUGUGGAUAUAGAGUCCCCAAAUGUGGACCUACGCGAGUUUCCGAGCAAGGAAGCUCUAAAUCAGUUAAGGUCACCCACAAGGCCAAAAACAGAUUUGUGAUAGCCAGGGCGAUCAUAAAUGGGAUAUUGAAACAUAAUAUGUUCUCACUUGAUUUGACAACAAUUUCAAAAGUCGCCUCACAAUACUUCAGCUACUUGGAGUCUGUGGAGGCAGAAUUUACCCAGGGCUACCUCAAUUCGCUUGCUUCUACCAGUUUCGGGAUGAAGGGGACGAAUCACAUCAUAACGAGGGAGAGUCUUCAGAAUAGUGAAAAAGUCAUUGGACUGAAAGUCAGGCCCCAAUGCAAAGAGACAAUUAACUUUAGCACAUCGCCAUAUUCCAAGCUCCGCUUCAGGGUCCCUAAACUCCGAUCUCAAGCUAGAGCUACAAUUACGAGGUCAAAUAAAGUGGUCCGACAAGCAAACCGCAAUCAAGAAAAGAAUAUCUCUCAACUCAUUCGGCCAUUCACCUCCCCCUUUUCGACGGCGUUGAUAGAAGAUGUCUUUGUGAAAUCAGGUUCCAUGUCCGGUAUGACUUUAUUGCGCAUAGUGCCCAGAAGGGGAGGAAGGUUAUGUGUGUUUAAUAUGUUUAGGGUGUCGCUUCAUACAACCCAUAAACAGGACAACAAAUCAUCAAAAAAUAACAUACAGUAUAAACAAAAAUGGCGAAGACCCAAUGGGAUGAUGAAUGACCUAAUGAAAUUACUGGAAAAGCCACGAUCGAACGUUAACCUGGAUGAACAGAUUGAAUCUCGAUUUGAAGCCUUGAGGUCGGUCGAGAUAAUGAGUGCCCUUCAUUAUCAAGGAAUUCAAGAAAAGCUUAAUUCGGUUUUACGCCAAAGAAAUGCGGGACUGCAAGCAGAUGAUACCGGGAGGCAGUCUCUCGAUUUGAUUAUUCGCAACACUCAAGAUCAAUCGCAACUACUAAAUUUAGCCAGAGAGCUCUUACCAAAGAACGAGAUGCCAAUAUCAAUUCUAGCCAAUAUUGUCUUUAAGCUCGAUCAGGCGCACCUUCUUGACCUGGUUGGUGUUUCGGAAAGUGAACACACGUUUCUGUCCGCAGACGAAACAUUCCUAUGCAAGGCCUAUGUCCUAUUUCUUUAUAGACUGGACCAGGUCGGUGCACACGUCUCAUUAAGACGACUUCUUGACAAAUGUCUACAGACCCUAUUGAUUCCGAAUAUCAAGAGCAGGAAGUUCAACGACAAGAAGUAUUUAAGAAAUUUGAUGACUGUUCUCAUUAAAUUAGAAGGGCGAUCUGAUCUGAUCCACAUAGUUCGAGAGACCGAGUGUACGGCGCUAGCGUACACAUUAUGGGAAACGAUCCCCUCCAAUUAUGAAGCCGUGAAAUCUAUGUUAAAAAGCUUCACCGACUCUUCUAUGGAGGGAAAGAAUGGCCUGACAUCGCAUCAAAAAUUAGUGAUGUUCCUGUUGUCCGACAAAGGGGCUCACCGAGAUCUGAAGUUCAUGGAUAAAAUUAAUCAGUUGUCCAAACUUCACAGAUUAUCAUAUGGGGAAUGUAUCCAGGAAAACGAGUUUCUGCUUUCCGUUGUCGAGGCAUUAGAUUCCAAAAAGAUUCUUUUUAUCAAUGAAAGUUGA